CAGAGAGGUCUAACUGUUAGCUCAGCUACUCAUUAGAAGACACAGAGACAUUGAACCGUGAAGACGUUAUUUGCUGCUGAACGCAAAUGUUAACUUUCGGAUAGUACCGUUUUGCUGGACUAGUCUAGCGUUUCGGUGGGAGGCUAGCUUUCUGGUUUACUUAAACUGCGGGUGGAAAUAGGUGAAAAAUGUCGUCUCCAAGUCCGGGUAAAAGGCGAAUGGAUACCGACGUGGUGAAACUCAUUGAGAGCAAGCAUGAAGUCACCAUCCUCAGUGGACUCAAUGAAUUUGUAGUGAAGUUUUUCGGACCACAAGGAACACCGUACGAAGGAGGCGUGUGGAAGGUGCGAGUAGAUCUUCCCGACAAAUAUCCUUUCAAAUCGCCAUCAAUAGGAUUCAUGAACAAGAUUUUUCAUCCCAACAUUGACGAAGCGUCAGGGACAGUGUGCUUAGAUGUCAUCAACCAGACAUGGACGGCCCUUUAUGAUCUGACCAACAUCUUUGAGUCGUUCCUGCCGCAGCUGCUGGCUUACCCAAACCCCAUCGACCCCCUGAAUGGAGAUGCAGCUGCCAUGUACCUUCACCGGCCAGAGGAGUACAAGCAGAAAAUCAAAGAGUACAUCCAGAAAUAUGCAACAGAGGAGGCUCUGAAGGAGCAGGAAGAGGGGGCAGGCGACUCUUCAUCUGAAAGCUCCAUGUCUGAUUUCUCAGAAGACGAGGCCCAGGACAUGGAAUUGUAGUGAUAGGAGGGCUCCCCCAUCCCGCCUCCUCCUCCUUCUCCUCGUCCUCCUCCUCGUCCUCCUCCUCGUCCUCCUCCUCCUUUAACCCCCACAGAGACUAUAUUUGAUUUCCUAACCAUGAGAAAGCAGACUUAUAAUAUUCAUAUUUAAACAAGUUGAUUUUUUUAUUAUUAUUAUUAUUAUUAUUAUUAUUAUUAUUAUUACUACUAAACAAGGAUUUUUAUGGAUAUCUAGCCUUUUGGUGUGUUUGACAGACACCCCUCCCGUUCUGUAGCUGUUUCUCCCCACACUUAUGUCGCGAUUGCUUUCUACACUCUCUCCCCGUCACCUCCGCAUUUUUAAGGUGUGUCAUGUAGGCAGGAAGUCUCCCCGUGAACAUCUCGUUUCUUUACUCAAAUUUUUAAAAAUAUGAAAAAGUAUAUAUGUUUGACCUAAAUUUCCUUUCUUUUCUCCACAAUGCUGAUUGAUUCUGACAAACAUGUUAGUUGCUCCACUACAGAGCUGCUUAGGGUCUUGCUUGCCUGGGUGUGAAGCUCUACAAUAUUAUCCCGUAGUCAACUUUUUGAGGCGCACAAUCACACCUAAGGUGUCAUGGCACACCUUUUAUAUGAAAAAUACAAUAAGUGACGCUCAUAAAUCAACCCUGAAUGCUUUCCUGAGCAUAUCUUUUUCAACAUAUUGAUUGAUUUUAGAUGCUACUUUUGGCAUGUUACUUAACUUUUUGUUACUCUUUGUGACCAGCUGCCUGUCUACAUGUGCCGCUGUGCAGUGCAAAAUAAAUGCUCAACGAGGUCAGGUCUUUGAAUACGAAUUAAUUAAACACAAUGUCUUGUUACAGGGUGAGCGACAAUGUGGCGACAAAGACGCGUGUCGGGUGCUUUCGGUGUUGAUUUGUGGAACUAGCUGCGUAAAGUGUACGGAAGACGUGUGCACAAAAGCAAUGAGGACGGAAAGUGGCGUUUUUGUGGAAACUCUGGUCAGACUCACUUGGUAUGAUGGGAACUGGAAAAUACACCAGAGCUACCCUUUAACCAUCUAACCAUAUGGAUUUCAUUUUUCCAUGCAGUUUUCUGCAGGACGCCACUGGCUUUCAAUCACCUGUCCUGCUUUUAAAAAACACAUUUCUAUUCGUAUUAUCGGUCAAGAAGAACUUUUCAGGUAGAGAAAGAAUGUAAUUAUCACCUAUUCGGGUGAGUUUAGAAAACCAGCACCAAAGUUUCCGUUUUAAUUUUAAGUGAAAAAGCAACAAACAUGGUCAUAUGGUUAUGGAGUGGAUCUGAGUAAAAAUGAUUUCUUGAAGUUUGUGUAGUGUCGGUCCCUCCUCACAUUCCACUGUUAACCUGGAGUUUGCUCCCAUGCAUGCCCUUUCAUACUGGUCUGCCCUGUGGUAAUGUUUGUACCCCCCGACUGCAUCACCUGGACUCCCACUUUUUUUGUCCUCUAUUUGGAUCAGUAGUUUUGAACAAGAUUACAAAAUAAGAGCUCAAUGUUUGACAUUUCGGCUUGUAGCAAUUUUCGUUGGAGGGGAAUUAAUUUCAAAUGUACAGAUUUGACUUUAAAAAAAAAAAAAGGUGUUAUUGUUGAUUCAAUGUGGCGGGUUAAGAUGUAAAUCCAUGAUGCGUGGAAAGAAAUUGCAAUCUUUGACUUUCUUUUAUUUCCUGUAUUUUUUUUGCACCGAUGGGGGGGUCAACACGUUUGGAUUUUUUUGUUUUGUGUGUACAGCAUCUACCUUGUACAGUGGUAAGACACCUCCUUGUAGCCUCGUGGAAACUCAGUGUUGAACCCAAAAAACACUGCCCGUCGAGGCCGACACGGCAGUCAAACUACCUAGAGAACCUCGAAAUGUAUUCACUUCAUAGAUUGCAGUAAGAGUCACUGGUUGCUUUUGUGUGGCAGAUUGUGGAUCCCGAGCGGGAGAUUCAAGGCUGAAUCGUACUCGGAAAAAAGGUCACCUCUGAUCUCAACUCCCUCUUCUGUGCCUCAUCACAAAAACGUUGAAGGGCGACCAUUGAAGAAGUCCCCAAAAACCAUGUUUUCAAAAAACUUAAACUACAAAAAGCACAUUGUUUUUCACUCAUCCUACUUUUUACUCUCCUCUUUCUGCCAAUGUGCAGAUUGUGAUUCGACAUCUAAAACACCCAGGGCUGUAUAUUUGAGCUAAUCUAGGAUUGUUAGACUUUUCUGGCUCAGGGUUUGAAACACAGUUUGGUUGUAUCUUGCAGAGCGAUUAACAUUUUUCACCCGGGAACAUGUUGAAAGGAUGGAAAAUCAUGUGUUUUUGACAGGAUAGUUAGUUUUUCGCCGGGUGUUGACUUCCACUAAACAACAUACAUAUGCUAUAUGGCUGUAUUACAGAUAGAGUUAGCUUAGUUUGGUACCUGAUAAAAGCAUUCAUCUGAUUUUUAGUUAGUGUCUGUCGUGUGUUUAAAUGUACUCCAUAGACAUGCCUGCUUGUCCUCUUCUUGCAGAGUUGUACAAAUGAGUGAUUUCAAACUAGGGUUUUGACCUGUAGUGAGCCUGAUAGAGCUGACUGUACAGAACAUUUAAAAGAAAGAGUGGUUCAGCCCGUUUCAAGAGAUUGGAUUUUUUUUUCAAAAACAUGAUUUAAAUCACAAUUAUCACCACAUUUGAAUGCCGAUUUAGAACAGAGACACUUUCCUUGAUUUGUUUUUAAUUUCUGAUAUUUAAAAUUAACGGGGUAAUUUUUCUCAUCCAGCCCGGGGAGGUUUUUUUUUUAAUUUUAUCUCGGGGUUAGCUUCCAGCAGGAUGCAGCCAUUUUUAACUGUCACAGCAGAGCUAACUUUUUGUGAUACUCAACAUGUUGAAGGCAGUAUAAAGCUAUGUGAAUGUUCGUGUGGUGACGAUUGUGAUCCACUCACAACAGAACAAAACCUGCAAUUUAAAUUGGCUUCUUGUUUUGUUUUUUUUCUCCCCGAACUGCCUAUAAAUGUUUAUUUAUUCAUGAAUACAGACCUCCUUUUUUUUUUUUUAAUCUCAAGCGCCACUGUUUUUUUAAGUUAUGGUUCAGCUAAAUUAUCACACUGAUGAGAACUUGAUCUUUUUUGUUUUAAGUAAUUCUUGUUUUACUUUCCAUUUGUGCAGUAUUGUAUGCGAGUGCUGAAAAUAAAAACAGUAUAUCCGAGUUGAGAAUUGUAAUAAAAAUAGCACAUUAUGAUGCAAUGGUGCAACAGGGAACUAAUAUUUUUUGUCUUUUUCAAAAAUUUUGUGUUUUGGGUAAAAUCAUAUAGGUUUUGGUUUUUCAGCAUUAUUUGCGUCUGUUGGGCAAUAAAUUGGUGAUAAUACUCAGCUCUGGUAACAACCAUCUGAUCUUUUCGGUGGCCUCCCUUGUUCUCCGCAAUUCAAGGUCAAGAGAAAUAAUUACUGCCUUUGUGUUUCAGGUCGUCUUUAACUCAACUAAAGAAAAUGUCCUCAAACCAGUGAAUGAUUAUGUUUCCCAUUGCAACUUGAAUUCUAAAUUAUUUUUUGAAAAAAAAGUGUGGAAAAAAACAUGUUUAUUGUGCUUUUAUUUAAUUCCCUUUUGGCUUUCUCCCCUCCACCUCCUCCACCUCGUCUGCUCUAAGACCACAGGUGUACAGAUGUGUUAGUUUUAAACAGCGACUCCAGACAUUAACAUGAUGGGACGGGGCCUCAAAAAUUGUAACUGCAACCCUGCAGAGGAGGUCUAGUCCAGAGCCAUAGCCCCACAACACACUCCCCCACACCCCCACCGGAUACAAUAAGGAUGGAGGGCCUCCUCAGCUAAACGGACUGGUCUAUCAUUAAUCUAUAGACGGGACGUCCUCCGUUUUAUCAGCACAGCUGCACCCUGAUCCUGUAAUAUCACCUCCCCCCCUCCGUGUGUUGACUGUGUCUCCUCGUGCACUUGCAUGCUUCUGGUGUGGAGUCGAGGCUCGCUUGGUGCACACCUCCUAUCCCGUCUUGUGCUCGUGUGGAUUUGUGCCCUGUGCUGGCCGACCGCUGCCAUCAGGGGGAUUUCAGCAAGGCACACACAGCAUGGAAAAUGGCAGUUGUUUUUUUGUUUAUUUUUUAUAGAAACUAUGUAUUUGUUACCUAGUGUGUGAUACUUGAGGGUUUAAAAAGUCAAAAGGUUUAUUUUUUUUUUUCUUCUGAAAAAGUCCAUCCUUGGUCUUUUAUUUUUAUCACCCUCUUUGCCCUCUUGUUUUUUUCUUUGCAUUGUGAAGUGGGCAUGCUUGUCAAAAAAGACAAAUGCUCUCUAUUAAUAGGCUUAUAACCUCAUAAAUAGUUGUGUAUAAAAUAAACUGUUAUAACUUCUUUUUUAAUAAAACAUUCAAUGUGUAUAAAAA